AUGUUUCAUUACCCUUACAUAACACCUAAUCCCUUAAUUGUUGCACCAAACAAAGAAUCAAAAACCUUGCACCAAGCAAAGAAUAAAAACCGGAAAAUGGUGAGACAAGGAAAAAUGAUGAUGAAAGUGGUGAAGCAAUUGGAGAAUCUGCAACCAUCGCCGGCGGAGUCAAUGGCAAAGGGCCAAGUUCUCCACCAGACUACAAAAGGACCGCCAAAAACACCCGUAAGGAUGAUGUUGGGUGGUGUUGUGGUUGUCGCCACCCUCGCAUAUUUCACCUUGUAUGCUCACAAGAAGCAUGAUGCCACAUUAGUUGAUGUAGUCAAAGUAACACCUAACAAGUGA